AUGGAACAGCGUGCUACUCGGAAACUCCUAGAGUCUCUGCACCCAUUCCCCCAAAUUCUGCUUCUAUUCCUUUUUAUGGGAGCCCAUGUGGUUACUACGAUUAGAGCACAGUACGGGAGUUUGUUGAAAAUGGGGACUGAUUGUCGCCAACUCCCACAGUGCUCCAAAGCUACUGGUGCCUCCUACAAGAAGCAAAGGUUCUCACCAACUUCAGAGCGAAUUUUCAACGGGCUGUCGGUCGUGUUGAUUGUAACAUACUUUGGAGACGCGGCGGUCUUCGUCGCCCAUUUGAACUAUAUUGUUGGGUCUGCCUUUUUCUAUAUGGUCCUACUCUUAUCCAUCUUCGAUAACACCUCGUCCCCAACGGCUGUUCAAAUGACGUGUUGGUCUGCCGCUAUCCCUAUCGAGGUGGUCAUUUCAAGCGCAGUCCAUCGUGAAAGAGCACUUGGCGAUCCAUUAGGAGGCCCAAUUCGCGAUAGCUUAAACCUUUGGAAAAUCUUGGAAGCUAUCUCUAACAGUGUCCGCAUCUUGGCCCUCGUGACUCUGGUUCUACUCUACGCCAAUAAGUCAUCACUGCUUACAAAUGAUGGUGAGACCUCGGGUGACCGGUCAAAGACAACUAGGCCGUUGGAUCCUUCGCAGACGGGCAACGUUACCAACAUCGAGAUGUACAACCCAAUAAAUGGCGGCCCAUUGCCCACAGCUUCUAAAUCGCAGGACCCAGGCGUUCACUGGACAACAAUUCCCACUAGAAGCUGGUGGGAGUAUGUCAGGGCAUACUCCUUUUUCCUCCCUUAUAUAUGGCCAUCUAACUCGUACCGACUGAAGCUGGCGACGUUGGCCUGUCUCUUCUUGCUUGCGGUACAGCGAAUCAACAAUGUGAUGGUCCCUGAUCAAGUUGGGAUUAUCACAACAGCCCUGGCAAAUCAACAAGAAGCAAAUGCGUUCUAUGUCCCGUGGUCACAAAUUAUACUCUUUGUUUUCUAUAAAUGGCUGCAGAUAAGCCUAAGCUCUCUACGCUCCGCACUUUGGAUCACGGUGAACCAAUAUUCUCGCAUGGAGGUCUCGACGGCCGCCUUUGAGCAUGUCCAUAACCUCGGUUUGGACUUCCACUGCAGAUUCGGGCUAUGGCCUUUUGCGCUCCUAAACAACCUUAAAGUCAUUAUCCAAUGA